CGGGUUUUCUGUGUUGUCACUUCUCUUGAUUCCAAGCUGGAGCUAACAACUAUAUAAAACCUAGGCACCUACUUGCUUAAGUUGAUCAUAAACCACCCUUCACACAUAGAUCUCUAAACUCAGCUUCCAGACAAUUCUUUCACAAUGGUCCAAGUCGCCCUUUCUUCAGUUGCUUUGCUCUUCCUGGUGGCUCUCGCAGCUGCGUCUCCUGCUCCUCUUGCAGACUCUCGGGAUGCCGUUGGUGUCGGUGACUGGUCCUGGGAACAAUGGGUUGAGACUAUCAUUGCCGAUCCUGAAAGCGCUCUAUCCGUCGACGAGGCCCUUGAAGCUGCUGCCAAAUCCGCUGCUGCUCAUGAAGCUGGCUCACUUCACAAGAGACAGGAGCAGUUCUUGGUGUGCAACGAUGGCAAGCCUUCCGCUUGGGCACCUGAUGCUGUGACAUGCAUCAAUUACCUUGCCGGUUUGAACGCGAACUGCGGUACUAGAACCGCGACGGCGAUGUGUACCGCUGGUAAUGCGCAAAUUGUUGGAAGCGGUAGCGGGGCCGGAGAAGUGAGCACCAAUUGGUAUGUCGAAAUCGGUUUCUCGACUUCCAAAGACUCGUAUAAGAUGUAG